AGGAAGACGUACAGGAAGGCGUACGGGCUCCUCCAUCCUCCUGGGCGGGUGGCGGCAGCAGCUGCUGCUGCUGGGCCGCGCGGAGCCUUCUUCGCUAGCCGUCGACUGACGCCUCGCAGGCGGGAUCCCACAACCCGGAUAUGGCUCGUGGACAGCAGAAGAUCCAGUCACAGCAGAAAAAUGCCAAAAAGCAAGCUGGAGCGAAAAAGAAACAAGGCCAUGAUCAGAAGGCUGCAGCUAAGGCCGCUUUAAUAUAUACCUGCACCGUCUGUAGGACACAGAUGCCAGAUCCCAAGACCUUCAAACAGCACUUUGAGAGCAAACAUCCGAAGACUCCGCUCCCUCCAGAACUGGCUGACGUUCAAGCAUAAAGUUCACAGGUGAAUACAUGGAACCUAUUGACUCUUCUACUGUCAGACAUUGCAUAACAAAUCUGCAGCUGCUUUUCUAACAAACUGUUGAUCAACAAAAAAUGAAGGGGCUAUAAAAACAUUCAUAUUUUUAUGCUGUUCCUCUUGGGCUUCAUGUAAAGACAAAUCUAUGUAACUGUACAGUUGUGCCCUACUUGGAAAUCUGAAAAUUGGUUCAUUCUUAAAUUUUUUACAGUUGUAAUUAUAUUGAUGUUCAUAUUGUGUAAAAUAACUCAUUUAAUAAAAUAGUACUUUGAUUUUACAAUAUUACAGGUCAAAUGCUUGUAGAAGUUCUGUUUUCAAUAUCUAUUUUAUUUGCCUUAUAAAAUCAUAACAAGUGGACUUCUCCCCCAGCCAAAAACUAAGCCGUGUCAUUAUUCUAACACCCUUGCUAUUAACAAAGUCCACACUAACUAGAAAAUUAUUUCUCCAUUCAAUAUGCUACUUGCUUUGGACCUGGUUAUUUUCUAAAACACUUAAUGUCUUUGAGCAGAGAAGUGUGUUCCUUCAACUCUGUAUAGUCUGGAGUGCCUGUUCACUGUUGUACAUAAAGGCGCUUUUAUCUUGGAUUUAUGCACUGGAGUCAUCUGCAUUAUCAGUGAAUCAUCAUGUAGUACAACUGAACUUUUUUUUUUUUACAUGAUCUGGAUGGUCACAUUUGGUAUAUAGCAAGAUGAAAUAAUUGAUCUCUAUUGUGAAGUUCCACUGUGUAACUUCUUAAAUGCACCUAUGAGAAGUCGGCCACACUGGCUACAUUAGCAUGUAAAAAUGACUACUGUAAUUGUUUCCCUCUUUGAAAGCAAAUGUUGAAUAAGUCUGUUCGAAAACAGGAUAGCGCAUGAAAUAGAAAUGAUGGCUAAUUAAGCUUUGAUUAUUUGGAGCUGAAUAAAUAUGGCUGGGUAGCAGCGCUGCUUUAUGUUUGUGGAUUAUCCAAAAUAUGUUUUGAACAAGAUUCUGAUCUCAGGUGUAGAGUGUAAAAGUUCUGUCCUGUUCCCCCUUCCCCCUAAGGCUGUUAAUUUGUGACAGGUGUCAUUCUUUAGGAGUGAUUUGUUUCCCAUUUGUUGGACAUUGGAGGAAAUAUUGACCAAAUUUUCCUUGCUUUGUGCCUGGGUCAUUCACCUUCUAAAUGGUUCUCUUAAAGUAAUUCUUCAGUUAAAAGACUACACAUACAAGUUGCAUAUUUGAUGCAUAAAGGUAAAUAGCAGCUCAGAAAACCAUUUGCUUACCUUUCUGAUAAGCCACUUCAGUUAAGCUGUCUUUACUGUAGUCAUUCUGGGAUGAACCUUACCAGUUACAUAGCUGUCUUGCACUUGUACACCUGACAUUAGAAUGUAGCCCUUGGUUCAUUUUGUUUCCUCACCUGAAGAUAACAGCCUGAUCACAAUAUGACAACUUGCUCCCAGUAGGUGAAAAAUCUGCCUUCCAAACUGUUAUGGGGUGCUUAAAUGUUGAAACUGAAUGCUUUUUAUAAAGUAAUUGAAAGACAUUUGUUCACUAAUUUUACUUUAGUAGUUUGUUUUUGGAGGGAAUUCUAAAAGGCUGCUUUCAGAUAAGUUCAUUGCUCAAGCUGAUACAUGUAAUGUUUUAUUUCAGACUGCUUAGCAGCAGAUAAAAGCUAUUGUUUGGGAACAAUAAACCAUAGGUUUUCUACAAGAUGUGACCCACAUAUGCAGACUUAGCAUUUUUCUAAAUUGCUGUCAUCAGUAGCCUGUGUCUAUGCAUUGAGCAAGUUAGAUCUUGGUUUUCUACACUAUUAAAUCUGUUACAAAUGGAGAAUUUGUUUCUAACCAGUUAAAAUGACCAGAAACUCUUGGAUGUUCAACACACAUGAGAACUAAUGGGGGAGGGGGGCAGUAGGGGGAUCUGAGGUGGUUGGACCUUGGAUACUCUGUUGAUUUAAAGGGGUAGGGAUGAGUGUGGGGAAACUUUCCUCUUCCCAGAUCUUGUGGAUGGUACCCUGUUAAUUCUGGAUAAAAAGACACAAUUGUGCAUUGUAACGUGUCUGAUUAAAAUCUUUUAAAAAGCAAAA